UGGAAAACAUUGCAGUGCAGGGACUGUGCAGUUCAUUCGUUUAUUAGCCUUGUCCUCCACAUGGUCUUGAGUACUCCACAAAUGCUUCAUGUAGAAGAAGCUGCUGGAUAACCUUGUGCUCUCUCAGCAGCUGUUAACAAACCCAUGUACAGAGCCAAACUACACCCUCUCUACUUCACGCUGCUACACUCAUUCUAGGCUGCACUGCUCAACAGACUUGAGAGGAACUAACACGGUAAUGGCCAUGGAGUUCUCUCCCACUGUGCUUCCCACACUGCUGCCCAAUCAGACAACUGAGAGCUGUGAGCCUGUAGACAACACAGUGGAGAAUCUCUUCUUUGGCCUCUACUACAUUAUUGUCUUUCUUCUUGCCCUGAAUGGCAACAGCCUUGCCCUGUGGAUCUUCUCACGUCAAAGAGGAGCCUCCUCCCCAGCUAACGUCUUCUUGAUGCACCUUGCCAUAGCUGACCUUUCUUAUGUUAUUAUUUUGCCACUAAGAGCCACAUACCACUUGACAGGAGGUCACUGGCCAUUUGGAGAGGUUCCUUGCCGUGUAGCUGGCUUCCUUUUCUAUGUUAACAUGUAUGCCAGUCUUUACUUCCUGGCUUGUGUAGCUGGUGAUCGAUACCUUGCUGUGGUGCAUGCUGUUAGCUCAUUGAAAGUCCGCCAUGCCCGCUUUGCCCACAUAACCAGCUUUGCUCUGUGGGCUCUAGUAAUUGUAGCCAUGGCUCCUCUGUUGGUGACCAAGCAGACUAUAGAAGCCAAUGGCUCCACAGUGUGCUUGCAGUUGUAUAGAGAGAAAGCUUCCCGCCGAGCCUUAGUCUCCCUUAUUGUUGCAUUCACACCUCCUUUCCUGGCAACACUCUCGUGCUACCUGCUCAUAGUGAACAGUCUGAGGAAGGGUUUGAGGAUGGAGCCUGUGCUGAAGAUGCGAGCAUUACGUACAAUCGGACUGGUCAUGCUCAUCUAUGUGGUGUGCUUCCUGCCAUACCAUGUGAGCCGGGCCACGUUUAUCCUGGGUUAUGGGCAUCCAGAUCUGUCCUGCCAAACACAGCGAGGUCUAGCCCUGGCUAACCGCCUCACCUCCUCUCUUACCUGUCUGAAUGGAGCUCUGGACCCAUUGGUAUACCUUUUUGGAGCAGAGAAAUUCAGAGGUACUGUGCAAAGACUCCUGUGCAGGGAUAAAUCAGGUGGAUCUGCAGCUACAAGUGGAGAUCUUAAAGGGACACAUGAGAGUUCCCUGAGCGCAAAAUCAGAGCUCUGAGAAUCAUUUCUCAGUCACCUAUAAGCCAGGCUACAUGUCCUGUUUGGCCAAUUGAAAACUGUGAAGGUCUUUAUAUAAUGAAGUACACAGAGGCUGGGUUUGGGGUGUGUAGACAUUCUGAACAUAAUUAAAAAUGUUGGCUAGCUGGUGUGUGAUUUUCUUAACCGGAAGUGAAAAAGGGAAGUUAUGCAAAUGCCAAAGACGUCAGCCAGUUGAUUUAGUCUUAUGGUUUAUCUGAGAGUACCUGAGCCAAAAAAGGGAAAUGUUUCUUUACUUAUUUUACACAAUUUUACACCAUUCUGACAAAGCAAAAGUUACAGUUAAAGUUUUUUAAAAGUUACCAUCCAGGGUACAGCAUCAUGCCCAGUUUUCGUGGUAUAGGCUCUGGAUCCACUGUGACACUGACCAGGAUAAAGCUUUCUGAAAGGAAGGAAUAAAAGUAACAUAUGUGAUCAGAGGACACACUUCAUCCAACUAUUCAUUUGUUUUACUAACAACAAAUUGCUGACAAAUUAUAUUCAAAGUUCAUCUGAAUCGCCUUCUUGGAGUUGACUUAUACUUAAAAUCUAACACAUUUGAUUAAUGGCAUAGAAAUGUUUCUAAUCAACAGUUGCUCAAAAACCAUGUGUGGGAGAAAAAGUAUAUACAAGUAUAGCAAAACCUAUAAUGUUUUUGUUUUAUUAGCCAAUUUUUACAGUUGUUAUUAUCCAUUAUUUUAAUUUUUUGAUCUGUUUGCCAAUGUUUAACUCACAGUCAUGUGUCAUGUUAAGAAAAUCAUCACUAAGCAAAGGAUGUUCAAAUGUUAUAACAGAUGCUUUUAAGAAUAACUAAGUGCAUAUACAGGUCUUCAUAUUUUCUGAGCUGAUAUGUGUUCAGAAUGUUUUUUGUUUUUUUUAUUUUUAUUAGCAAUACUGUUGUACUCCAGUAAGCCUUUUUAUACUCUGCAGUACUUAUGUGGCUAUGCAAUUCACGUAUGCAUUGCAUUGUGUAACACUUUUUACCUCUUUUUCUUUGAUAUAUCUAAUCACCAUUAUGUGCUUAUUUCUCACUCAGUGACUAUGAAGCGAAUAUGAAGCUAUUUAUUAUUCCAUUUCUUUGGAUGUGAUGUUUGGGCACUUAUAUCUCUAUAUUUUAAUAUUGCUGUAUAAAGUGUGCUAGAUGCACCAUUUUAUAAUCAUGUGUAAAUUAAACUCUUUGCUAUUUUUA